ACUAGGUAACCUGAUUUUCAAAACAAACAUUUCUGAAUAUCGUGACUCGUGUCUUGAUUUUUAGUUUUACGGCCAACUCGGCGGCCUAGAUAAUGGCCGCAUCUGAAAAACUUUGCUGCGUUCGGGGAUGCAGCAACUCUCGGCUCUCCAAACCCCAACCCGCGACGCGUUCCAAUGACAAAGCAUCCGGCAGCGGGAGCCCUGCUCCAGGGGUUCAGGCCUAACAGCAGAGCAACCAGAUACACCUCACCUGACUCCAAUGACCUGGAACCGGAUGAGAACCAAUUUAGCGGUCAAGGUGGCGCACCGCAGUCCAGCAUAUCUAGAGUCUUCAAAAGGCGAGUGGGCGGACAGGAGGACGCCGACACCGACCGGUCGGGACGCAGUACGGCAGUACGGCGAAAUCAGCAGGGAACAGUUCCGAAUCAUGUUGAAGCGAGACACAGCGAUCGGACCUUUCGUUUCCAUCUAUGGUUGUCGCUGCCGUCGUCGCCAGUCGCUCAAUGACGUGGUCGAGCCAGGGAGUAAUACUACCGACGCCAGUCCACCUGUGGCUCCGGAGAGCACACAGUACUGCCCUGCUGAUCCUGGCCGUCCUGGGACGCGGCGCCUGUGACGUCCCACCGAGACCUACGCGCACACUCCACCACAGCGCCGCGCCGUGCAGAGAACGUGCCACUCUUUUUAACCAGGUGAGCCCCAUGUUUCCAACCAACAAGACAAACGAAAGAGACUGCAGGCUACACAAGUACUACUAUUGGAUAUCUAGCAGAACACAAGAAGAGUCUCAAGGCUGCAGGAGUGCACUUAAACAGCGGACGAUUUAUAAAUAGUUACGAAAAGAAGGUACUUAGUUCCAAAAGCUGCAGAACAAUGUUACGGGCUGUGACUCCAAUCUCAGGCGGUUGGUAAAGAACUUGUGCGGUAGUUUUCUAAUAGAAGGCAACUGAACUUUGGGACUAAAACUAAUUAAAAAAUAUUAUACUUUUCUCAGUGAACAUAAUAAAAAUGACCUUGAUCCAGGCAGCCUACGGACUGGGUCAGUUAGUAACUUCUUACCAAUCGCCUCAGGCCUCUCACUAAAGUCCAAGAAGCAGCGAGCAGGAGGGACCGAAAGUCAAUGAGUAAAUUUUUCACUCGACGACUAUUUAAGGCACAUCACACACUACCUGAAUCAGUACCUAAUAGUCAAAUGGCACCUGUCUUUUUGUAUAAUACCGGUUAUUACA